GCAGAAAAUACGAAAACACAAUUACGAAUUUAUUUAUUAUGUACAAAGCAUCUGUCGCUGUUCAACGUUCAGAGGCUGCAAUCUCGUGGUUUGCUAUUCGAAUUGGCCGUUAUCCGUAAACUUUUAAAGCGGGCCUUUUCAAAAUGUAAAUAAGCACUGUUUCUACUGACCGCGCAGACCGUGCUUGAGAUAGAUGGUGUACAAAGCAAACCGCAGAACGAAUUUGAUUUCGCUUCAAAUAUUCGUUGAACAUUUAGGAAGUCGCCUCUCUCUAAGAUCUGUUAAUGACAGCAGCAGCUAGUUGACAGCUGUUACGAUGCAUGCCAGGAUCCGGUUGGUACCUGGUCGAGCAAGCCAGUGCAUUCGAUGUUUCAACGCCCGGCCUUUGCUUGAGGAGGUACUUAACGAUUUGGAAGCUGCUGAUCGCAACGUUACUGCUCGAAAAAACUGGGUAAACAUUGACGAGCUGAAGAAGUUGGCUGAAGAUGCUCAACUGAACCAGAUAAGUGAUGAAUUACCUUCCAGAUUACAUACUCUUGUCAAGGGUUUGCCUAAUUGGACGCAUGAGGCUGUUCGUAAUGCGAAAGAACCCAUUGUAACGCACGAGUUUGGCAGUAAGGUCGAUCCUCCAGCCCGGCGAAUGCCUGAAAAUGCGAAGGGUUCAGGACUUUUGCUUCAGAACAGCGACUACACAAUGAUAUGCGGGAAAAGAACUUAUUUUCUUACCGGUGACCUUGUUAGGCUUGAAAGGGCGUUGAUACGGUAUACUUUAGACAGACUACGGAACCAUGGAUUUCAACUGGUGUCCGUGCCGGAUCUGUUUAGGGCUGAAGAUAUUGAAUUGUGCGGGAUGCAAACGACCGGUCAGAGGAGCCAAGUUUACCACGUUGACAUGGCGAGCAAUAAUGCUAAACUGUGUCUUUCGGGAACAUCGGAGAUUGCUCUAGCAAACUUAUUUAAGGGCAAGGAUAUUCCCCGUCAACAUCUACCCAAAAAACUAUGCUCGAUCAGUCGAUGUUAUCGAGGCGAAGUAUCAACAUUUAAAGAAGAGAAGGGCCUUUAUCGUGUUCACCAAUUUACGAAAGUCGAAAUGUUCGGGCUCACCGAAGGAUCUUAUGAGCGAAGCCAGGAGUUACAACAAGAGUUUUUACAGAUCGAGAUGUCAUUGUUUGCCGAUCUUGGGCUACAUUUCAGGGUGCUUGAUAUGCCACCAGCAGAUUUGGGUGAUUCCGCUUACAGAAAAUUCGAUAUAGAAGCUUGGAUGAGCGGCCACGGAUUUUAUGGUGAGAUCUCGUCAACAUCGGAUUGUACCUCAUACCAGGCUAAUCGUCUUGGGAUUACAUCUGAAGGCAAAUAUGUCCACACGGUGAAUGGGACUGCGUGUGCUAUACCGAGAAUGCUAUUAACGAUCGGAGAGACGCAUGCAAAAACAAAUGGAAUACUACGGGUGCCUCAGGUUCUAAAUAAAUAUCUAGAUAAAGAAGAACUUCGGCCAGAGCACGCUUUCAGGAGAUGGAAAUACCUGCCGUAUUAUUAUUUCGAAAACCGCCUUGCAGAUGAAAACGAAGGUAACAGGGCAUAUGUUGCAACCAAUAAGACAGACGUUAGCAAGUCUUCAACGUGAAAAUUCCGAAUCCGCCACCGCUUGUCGAAGGGCCUUUCACACAGCUAAAGAGGCUGUUUAUAGCCUACUUACUUAAUUUUAAAUAGAAUCAAUAAAAUUUUAAAUCUACGUGUAUACAUCAAUACAAGUUCAUUAUAUACUGUGUCAUAUAUAUAUAUAUAUUUACUAUAUAUACAAUGUUUAAGAACGUUAUGUUUGCAGCAUGUUAUGAACAUCGCACAUGAUGCUAAUUUGUUUGUGCGUUUAUUUUAGUGAAAAACGGUUUACUAGAGAAAUAGGAAUUCGAACUAGUUUGCAUGUCAACCAAAGGAUUGAACCAAUUGAAUCUGAUUAGACCGUGACUUAGUCCAAUCAAUAUGUAUCAGUAAAAUCGUUAUAGCACCUGCUUUUGACGCGAAGUUUUUAACAUCUUAAGGAAAAUGAAGGCAGCGGUUUGUUUCGUUUAGUGUGUGCUAAAAUGU